AUCUCUUCUCCAAGGGCUACAUCCCCCCAUUCCCCAGCUCACUCACCUUCACCCCUGGGCUCCCGGCACCCAGCUCUGGGGUGGGCCUGGGGGCUGUUUGCAAAGCAAACUGGCUGGUCCCUCUCUCCGCUCCUGCAAGGCGAGGGGGGGCGGGGUUCUCGCAGCUGAGCGACGGCCCCAUUGGCCAAUAGCCGAGGAGGGGUAGAGAGUGGAGGGGGGGUUGCAAAUUGCAGGGCCCAAUGGGUGCAGGGCGCGGAGGAAGUGAACUGGGGGCGGGCGGGUAGCCCGGCAGCAAAGUGAGGGAAUCGCUCGCAGGGGUGUGAAUCCGUGCAAAGGUGCCCCCAGGGGGUGUGAAUCCGUGCAAAGGUGCCCCCAGGGGUGUGAAUUUUACACUGAUUCCCCCCCCCCAUCGUGAGAAGUUGGUGCCGGGUGCUGAGCUGGGAUGACCCCGGAGGAAUGGACCUACCUGGCCGUGCUGCUUUUCUCUAUCCCCAUUGGCUUUGUCUUCAAGAGAGGGGGACACCAAGUGAAGCAGUUUGGGGGGGCAGCUGUGGGGCUGCUCCUGACGCUGGUCACCUGCAACAUCCACACCUUGCACUCCCUGGUCACCAUCCUGGGCACAUGGGUCAUCCUCAGCCUCUCCCCAAGGUCCUGUCACUACCUGACCCUCGGCUGGACCUUCUCCUACCUGCUCUUCUUCCGGACGGUGACUUUCUUCGGGCUGCCAGCCCCCACCCCCUUCACCAACGCCGUGCAGCUGCUGCUGACCCUCAAGAUGGUGAGCCUGGCCAAUGAGGUGCAGGAGAUCAGCCAGGCCAAGAAGCAGGACGUCACCUCGUUCGCCAAGGGCCCCGCGAUUGGGCUGAUCCCCAGCGUGCCGGGGCUGGGCCCGAUCCUCUGCUACAGUUACUGCUACGUGGGGCUCAUGACAGGCCCCUUCUACCGUUACAGGACCCACCUGGACUGGCUGCAGCAGCCGGACUCGCAGGCCAUCCCCAGCUGGCGCCCUCUGCUGGCGCGGGCCAGGCUGGUCCCGGUCUACGGGCUGCUCUUCCUGGGGGCAGCCCGGCUCUUCCCGCUGGAGUACGUGCGGAGCGAGGCCUUCGCCGCCCGGGCGCUGCCCUUCCGCCUCUUCUACAUGGUGCCCGUCUUCUUCGUCUUCCGCAUGCGCUUCUACGUGGCCUGGCUCUGCGCCGAGUGUGCCUGCAUUGCCGCCGCCUUCGGGGCCUACCCCACGGCCGCCCGCGCCCGCCCCGGCGGGGGCCCCACCACCUACUGUCCCAGGGCGGAGGAGGGGGCACCAGGGGUGGCUCCCCCCGAGUAUGACUACGAGACCAUCAAGAACAUCGACCCGUACGGCACCGACUUCUGCGUGCGGGUGCGGGACGGCAUGCGGUACUGGAACAUGAGUGUGCAGUGGUGGCUGGCCCAGUACAUCUACAAGAGCGCCCCCUUCCGCUCCUACGUCAUGAGGAGCGGCUGGACCAUGCUGAUCUCGGCCUAUUGGCACGGCCUGCACCCCGGUUACUACCUCAGCUUCCUGACCAUCCCGCUGUGCCUGGCGGCCGAGGGGGCGAUGGAGGCCGGGCUGCGGGGGCGCCGGGGGGCCGCGCCGGAGUCCGACCGCUCCUGGGGCGCCUGGGUGCACUGGUUCCUCAAGAUGCGGGCGUACGACUACAUGUGCAUGGGCUUCGUGCUGCUGGAGCUGGGCGCCACCCUGCAGUACUGGCGCUCCGUCUACUUCUGCGUCCACCUGGGCGCCCUGGCCCUGCUGCUCCUGGGCCGCGCCCUGCCCCGGCCUGCCCCCCGGGUCCCCUCCGCCCCCGAGGGGCCGCACCGCGAGUGAGGGGCCGGGGGAGCCCCCACCUCUCCUUUUGGCUGGCUGGGAGGCGGAGGGGGAAUGUGCCCCACACUUCCUUUUGGGGGGGGGAGAGACACUGAUCCACUACUAUGCUUCCCCCAAGGGUUCUGGCAGGCCUGCCCCUCCCCCACUCCUGGGGGGGGGUAGGAGCCCUUCCCCCACAUAGGCUGGAGAUUUUCCCGCCUCCCCCUCCGGCAAGACCCCCACAUAAGAGGGUGUUUUCUACCCCUCCCCCCGGCCGAUGCUACACUGGCCUUAGAUGAGGGGGUCUCAAACUGGGGGUCGGGACCCCUCAGGGGGUCGUGAGAUUAUUACAUGCGGGGGGGGGGGUGUUGCGAGCUGUCAGCCUCCCCCCCAAACCCGGCUUUGCCUCCAGCAUUUAUAAUAGUGUUCAAUAUUUAAAACAGUGUUUUUAAUGUGUGGGGGGGGGUCGCACGUGGAGGCUUGCGGUGUGAAAGGGGUCACUAGUACAAAAGUGUGAGAAGCACUGCCUUAAAGGGACCAGCCUCCAAAUAGGGGGUGGGGGGGGAAGAGAGUUCCCCCCCCCAUUUUAAGCCAGGAUUCCCACCCACCCCCAUCUGAUGUGAAACAAGUUGGCACGUUCUCAGGCAGAGCCUGAAGGGACCACAAAACUCCCCACCCCCAACCAGCUUGCUGGGGGGGGGGUCCCCCAGCAUCGGCAGCUGGUCUGUGCUUAGCUGGGGGGUGGGGGGAGUUGGGGUGCGGGGGGGGGGGUUGGCAGAAUCCCGCUCGGAGGUCUCUGUUCCUUUCCUGUGCUAUUAACCACUGGGGG